AUGUUCAGUGACGACAGUCAAUCGAGUUUCGGAUCGAACAUCGAUGAAUUGCUAUACGAAAUCGUCGGCAAUGAAACUUUAGAUAAAGAAGUACAGGAAACGGCGAAAAGGUGUGAAAAUGAAGGAAAAUUGUCAAGUAUACUUAAAUUAGAACUAAAAUCAAAAAUUCAACUAAAAAAAUUCAACAAAGGUGAAAGUUUCACUGUUGAAUGGAGAGAGAAAGAAGAAACUCAGCUGACGCCUGAAGAUUUGACGAGAAGGGAAGAAUUGAAAGAGAGAAACAAAUUGUCCGCACGGAAACACAGAAUGAAGAAGAAACAAGAAAAAGCUGACAUUCAAAUCGAAAUUAAUGAAUUGACAGUGAAAAAUCAAAAUCUACAGCAAAUAAUUAAAGAAUUGGAAUCACUAAAAAGGAAAUACAUCAAUUUCGGAAAUUUAACAGAAGAUAAAGCAACUUGA